CCUCUUUCCUCCGAGGAAACUUUCGGCCGGCUGGUCCAUCGGCCCGUGUCCGGCCCGCGCUGCCGCGGCCUGGGAGCCGAGCCGGGCAGGCGGGGAAGCUGGGACCGGACGGGGCGGGAGCGGCCGGGUCUUGGGUGUAUGCGGCCGCCGGACGCGCCGGGGCCGGCAGCGGGGAAGCGGGGUGCUGACGGCUGACGGGGGGCUUGCCCAUCCGCCCCCAGAGCAGCAUGGAUGCCCCACGGAGGGACAUGGAGUUGCUGAGCAACAGCCUGGCGGCCUACGCGCACAUCCGCGCUAACCCCGAGAGCUUUGGCCUCUACUUCGUGUUGGGAGUCUGCUUUGGCCUGCUGCUAACGCUGUGCCUACUAGUCAUCAGUAUCUCCUGCGCUCCCCGCCCGCGGCCCCGGGCCCCUGCUCCGCGCCGGGACCCCCGCAGCAGCACCCUCGAACCCGAGGACGACGAGGACGAGGAGGAGGACACGAUGACGCGGCUGGGCCCCGACGACACGCUGCAGGGCCCAGAGCUGACGGCUGAGCCAGACGGGCCGCUGAGCGUAAACGUCUUCACGUCGGCAGAGGAGCUGGAGCGGGCGCAGCGCUUGGAGGAGCGGGAACGGAUCCUAAGGGAGAUUUGGCGCACUGGGCAGCCGGACCUGCUGGGCACUGGCACGCUGGGGCCCAGCCCCACGGCCACAGGCACCCUGGGUCGCAUGCACUAUUACUGACCGGCCCUUUCCCGCUUCAAGGGGCUCUGCGUACUGGACAUGCGCAGGAACUCACAGCUGCCCCAGGACAUUGGGACUGCCCCUGCCCACGGUGCUAUGGAGGCCCCGCCCCCACGGCUCCCCAGUGCCAUUGGACCUGGACCCCCACCUUCUGAGAUCCCCAGUCCUGCCAGAAAGCCCGCGGGGGAGGAGGACAGGGCACAGGGUUCCCAGCCCUUCUCCUGCGAUCGGUUAAGAGAUAAGUGACCAAUGAAAACUGCAUUCUCAGUGA